CUUAGUUCUGAUCUCUGAAAACGACUUGUGCUUUCGAUCGAGAUUUACAAACAAGAACCACAACAAUACAUCAAACUACUCCACGAUGAAGACUGCAGCCAUUCUCGCCCUUAUUGCUGGCACUGCCAGUGCCUUCACUACCUCGAAUGUGAACUCUUCCCCUCGAUCUGCCACGCUAUCGGCUGCUGUUGACGAUAUGGUCGGCGCUGUCGAUCUCCGAGGCAAGGAAUUCUUCUUCGAUCCUGUACGUUGCCUCGCUGAUGAUGCGUUCCAAGUGGGGUCGCGUAUUCUUUCCUUAGUUAGAUUAUUUCACAGCACUGUCCGAGUAGUUGGUUUCUAUUUAGAAUCUUCCAUUUCUAGACCUCGUUCUGGUCUUCUUUGUACUGAUUGCCACCGCAAUUUUACACGUCCCUUCCUCACAUCAAAGUGUUCUUUUUAUCGUUGCUGUGCUUCUUUGGUCAACUGAUUCUGCUCACUUCAGUUGGGACUUGCCGAAACAUACAGCCCUUUCCUUCCUUGGUUCCGCGAGGCUGAAUUGCGUCACGGCCGAACUGCUGUAAGUACUACUAUCUGUGAUCUACAUCACUAGUUCACCCUUAGAUAAGUUGAUUGUGCGCAACUCCUGUUCAGUUGGAGAAUUCCAAUGGUACAUUUCUAACAUGCAUAAUUUCGUCUUUCUUCCCUUAUUCGUUUGAUGUGAUGCAUAUUUGGUAUAAAUGCGAAAAUAACGCGUUGUUCCUUUUUUAUCCUUUUCUGAAUUAAUUUUGUGCCGUGAAAUCAUCACCCGAUGCAGAUGUUGGCUGUCAUUGGAUUCAUUGCCACCGAUUUCGUUCGCAUCCCUGGUGAAAUGUACAGCUUUGAUGCCAUCCCUAAGACCAUCAACGCCCACGAUAUCUUGAUCGAACAAGGUCCCAUGAUCCAACUUGGUAUGUGGGUCGGUCUCUUCGAUCUUAUCGUCACCGCACCUGCCUGUGCCGCUACCAUGAAUGGCGAAAGAGAAGCCGGUGAUUUCGGAUGGACAAAGUGGGCUCCUAAGGAUCAAGAAGCAUUCGACGCCAAGCGAGCUUCUGAACUUUUGAACGGACGAUUGGCCAUGUGCGCCGUUGGAGGAAUCGCCACCCAGAGUGUUCUCACAGGAAAUGGAUUCCCUUACCUUUUUUAAAUUGAUUGAUCUACUAUCUUGCUUGAGAGAUAAUGAAUAGACAAACGAACAAAUGAGCAGUCAUUCUUCGCAAUUGGUGGUCACGAGUAGACUAUUGUAAACACUUUUUUAUGAUAACAUAUCUUCUCGCUACUUUUAGAUUGUCUUUGUAGUAACUUAAAGCAAAUCUGUAUACAUCAUGCCAUCCGGAAGAUGAUCCACUUACUGCAACUCAAUAAGUAAUUGGCAUAUCU